AGGCGCGUUCCUUUCCAUCCGCGUGCCCGUGGUUAAGCCUGUGUGUCCAGAACAAGGGGAUCCAACAAGGAAGAGAAAUGCCAUCAAAAAUCAUCUUUGAGACUGAAGAUCUAGCUAUGGAUGAAGAUGUGGACACAGUGGCGGAGGCUAAACCCCUAAAGAACAAGACCAAGGAGGGCAAGAAGCUGAAGAAGAAGAAGCAGCUGGAGGAACAGUUGGAACAGGAGGAACAGGAGAACCCAGACUGUGAGCCUCCAGCUCCUAAGAAGAAAAAGAAAAAAGACAAGCUGGCUGCGGACCAAAUAAAUGGCCACUCAGAAGAGGCCACAGACAUGAAUGGCAACAUUAACGGUGUGGAAACUCCAAAGAAGAAAACAAAGAAGAAUGCAGAAGCAGACACUGAGAAAAAACAGAAGAAGCAAAAGAAAGCAACAGCAGAGGAAGCAACCAACGGACAUUCCACCCCAAACACCCCUGUUGAGACGCCCAUCCAGACACCGUCUCCGUCCAGUGAAGACUCGGCUACUGACAGUGAAAAAGAACCGGAGCUGACUCCAGAGCAGAAGGAAGGGGCGUUCUCCAACUUCAGUAUCUCACAGUUCACCAUCGAUAAGCUCAAAGCUCGAGGAGUCUCUUAUCUGUUUGACAUUCAGGUGAAGACCUUCAACCCUGUGUAUGAUGGAGAAGAUGUAAUUGCCCAAGCCCGUACUGGUACAGGAAAAACCUUUUCCUUUGCCAUCCCAUUGGUGGAGAAACUCCAGAAGGACACAGUGCCGCUGGUCAGAGGCCGAGCACCCAAGGUCCUGGUGUUGACUCCAACCAGAGAGUUGGCCAUCCAGGUCGCUAAAGACUUCAAAGACAUCACCAGGAGACUUUCUCUGACUUGUUUCUACGGAGGCAGCUCAUACAACCCCCAAAUUGAUGCCAUCCGUAAUGGUAUCGACAUUUUGGUUGGAACCCCCGGUCGCAUCAAAGACCACCUCCAAAAUAGUAAACUGGACCUCUCUAAACUGAAGCAUGUGGUUCUGGAUGAAGUGGAUCAAAUGUUGGACAUGGGAUUUGCAGAACAGGUUGAAGAGAUUUUGGCUACAUCAUAUAGCAAAGACUCCGACUCCAACCCACAGACCCUGCUGUUUUCCGCCACCUGCCCCCCCUGGGUCUACGAGGUGGCCAAGAAGUACAUGAGACCAGAAUGCAAACACGUUGACCUAAUCGGCAAGAGAACACAGAAAGCUGCAACAACUGUAGAACACCUGGCCAUAGCAUGCCACUGGUCACAGCGUGCAGCCGUGAUUGGUGACGUUAUCAAGGUUUACAGCGGCAGCCACGGCAGAACCAUCGUAUUCUGUGAGACGAAGAAAGAGGCCAAUGAACUGUCCAUGAAUGCAUCCAUCACACAGAGUUCGCAGUCCCUGCAUGGUGACAUUCCUCAGAAACAGAGAGAGACAACCCUGAAGGGAUUCAGAAAUGGGGCUUUUGAGGUUCUGGUGGCCACAAAUGUUGCAGCCCGUGGAUUAGACAUCCCUGAAGUCGACCUGGUGGUCCAAUGUUCUCCACCAAAGGAUGUGGAGUCGUACAUCCAUCGUUCAGGACGUACUGGCCGAGCAGGCAGGACUGGAGUCUGCAUCUGUUUCUACCAGAGGAAAGAGGAGGACCAGCUGCGCCACGUAGAAAACAAAGCAGGUAUCACAUUCAGACGAGUCGGCGUUCCCACUGCCAAUGACAUCAUCAAGUCAUCGAGCAAGGAUGCAGUCAAGUUUCUAGACUCCGUUCCGGUCACAGCUAUCAGUUACUUCAGAGCAUCGGCUGAGAAGCUGAUCGAAGAAAGAGGAGCUGUGGAAGCACUGGCUGCUGCCCUGGCUCAUAUUUCUGGAGCAACGAGCCUGGAGCAGAGGUCACUGCUCAACUCAGAUGCUGGUUUCACUACUAUGCAGAUGGUCUGCUCUCAGGAAAUGCAUAAUCUUGGUUAUGCUUGGAGGACCAUCAAAGAACAGCUUGGAGAACAGUUUGAGAACCACAUUCACAGAAUGACCUUCCUCAAAGGAAAAACAGGAGUUUGUUUUGAUGUCCCAGCUGACAAAGUCCAGGAGAUUCAGGAUUCCUGGAAGGACGGCCGCCGUUGGCAGGUGACCAUAGCUGAAGAGCUCCCCGAGCUGGAAGAAAAGCAGUUCGCUAACCGUAGUGAAAGAAGCUUCGGCAGCGGAAAUAGAGGAGGAGGCUUUAGAGGAGGAAGGGGCCGAAACUUUGGGGGAGGCGGUGGACGUGGUAACGGCUUCAGGAGCGGCGGCGGUGGUGGUGGCGGCUUUGGCAACAACAGAGGAGGACACAAACGCAGCUUCAGCCAGGCUUUUGAUUAUUAAAGUGCCGACCUGAGGACUGAUAAGACUCAGUGAUUUUCAUCUGCUGUCAGUGAGAGGGACGGUUAGAGGAAGUCUCAAUCCUGAUUUAAUUCUGAAUCUAAAACUCUCAAAUAUUAUGAAAAGAUAUACUCUUUCAAAAACUGGUUUAAGCUCUAUGGAAAUCAAUUUAACAAAACAUUAACUGGGAAUAUAUAUUUCCAUGUAGCCAUUUCCUAAGAUUUGAAUAUCAGGUUUUCUGUGGACGGUUCACUAACACACAGCAACUUCUGUAGUGCCUGAUGGAUUGAUACUUUAUUUGGCACAUUAGUUGAAACUCUUGAGAUGACGUGGUCCUACCUGUUCUGUAAUUUUAUUCAGUUGCAAGAUCUUGCAUGGCAUAGGAGUCAAAGCUUUGGCAAAUCAACUUUUUGUCAAACUUCCUGAUUUUAUGUCAUAACAUAAAAUGAAGUGGGAAUGUGUCCUCCCAUGAGUCUGAGCUAAGGCGUUUCUCUUUUUAUACUGGGUGUUUGGGGAACGGUGGCAGCAAUCACACUUGAGCCUUACUGUAAAAAUAAAGUCUCACUGAUCUGACCGAACAAAAUAUGAACAUACGACUGUCUACACGACUACAUUGCUAUGCUCGUUUGGUGUGAUGCAUUAUGAAUUUGCAGACACAGUUUCUUGUUGGAGGUUCCCGCCCUGAAACGGGUGUUGAUCUUUACAAGUUAUGCUCAACGUCUGAUUGCUGCCUUACCCUCGGAUGAAACCUCUCUCCCCAAAAAUAUAUUGGAUGAUUGCUUUGCAAUUGCCUCUAUUUAAUAACUGUCUACUUGCUUCCAUUCAUUUGAAUGAAAUGACUUGUUCAUUAAAAAAAAAGGUCAACUGAG